AAAUCAAUAUAAUAAAACUAUUAGGCCAAAGUUAUAAAAUAUCAAAACUAUUGGGGUUAGAUUGAAAAUACUGAAUAAAUAGAUGCGUAUAAAUACCUCCCGAUAAACCCUAGAAACGCUAACCCCAAAAAUCCAAGAGAGCGACGACAAUGGUGAAAUGUAUGAAGCCAGGGAAAGCUGUGAUCCUCCUACAAGGACGAUACGCCGGUAAAAAGGCAGUGAUCGUGAAAUCCUUCGACGAUGGUACCAAUGAGAAACACUACGGUCACUGCCUCGUCGCCGGAUUGAAGAAGUACCCAAGCAAAGUCAUCCGCAAGGAUUCGGCGAAGAAGACGGCCAAGAAAUCGCGCGUGAAAUGUUUCUUCAAGUUCGUCAAUUACCAGCACGUGAUGCCUACGCGCUACACCUUGGAUUUGGAUCUCAAGAACGUUGUCUCCGGCGACGCGAUCUCGUCCAAGGAUAAGAAAGUGACGGCUCUUAAGGAAGCGAAGUCGAAGUUUGAAGAGAGGUUUAAGACUGGUAAGAACAGAUGGUUCUUCACCAAGCUUAGGUUUUGAAUUCUACAAAUUAAUUUAGUUUAAAGUUUCAAUUUUGUUGGUUAAAGUUUCAAUUUUUCUUGAAUUGUUUUCUG